CUGUAACGUGUCAAUAACGGUUAAAAUCAUACAUCGAUAACGUGUGUAAAAUAACAUACGGUGAAAUGUACAUACAUGUGGAGUUAGGAAGGUCAUAGGUCAUGUAUGCUGUGGUUAGCUAGCAGCCGUGUGGUGUGUAAACGUUAGAUGCCGCAGUGAAGAGAUGUGGCACCUCGUCUGCUUUACCGUGCAGCUGAUUUUAUUUCAAGACCACCGAGAUAACUUAGAGUGAUUUCAGUGACAGCGGUGGAGAUAACCGACCAACCUUAUCCACCCACCAGCCAACUAGCGAGCCUGGCCUUUGUGUACCUGCUUCUCAGGUAAGAGGUGAGCAGGAGGCAGGGCCACCUGCGCGGUAGGAGGGAUGCCUGUGGAGGGCGGAAGCAGCAGCGGCUCUGCUUCAGCUGCCCGUCACCCCAAGCAGAAGCGCAAGGCUCACAGCUUGUCUAUCAGGCGCACCAACAGCACAGAGGAGAGGCCAGCAGGCAUCCAAAGAGGAGACAUGCUGGAGGGACAGGACUCCAAGCUGCCCCUCUCCUUACGGACCAAUCUUCUUGACCUUUUUGGCCAGAUUGAGCGCGAGUUUGAAAAUCUUUACAUCGAAAACCUUGAACUACGGCGGGAAAUUGACUCUCUGAAUGAGCGUCUGACUGGAGAUGGACAGACUGUUGAGGGAGGAGACCCCACCAAAGGAGCUCUGAAAACAAAAGCCAGCCACAGCACCAGUCAACUGUCACAGAAGCUGAAGACGACCUACAAAGCCUCUACCAGCAAGCCCUUGUACACUUUCCACAGCAAAAUAGGUGGACCUCGCAACUUCAGUGUGGCUUCAUGGGAGUUGUGGGGAGGAGAUUCAUGGAUUGUGUCCAGCUUUAAAGCCACCACAGGGUCCCGGGCUUUGUGCCAGCUGCUCAAGGAGUACAUGGGCCAUCGGGACGGGAUCUGGGACCUCAGCGUCACCCGAACUCAGCCAGUGGUCCUGGGCACCGCCUCUGCAGAUCACUCAGCUCUGCUGUGGAGUAUAGAGACUGGGAAGUGUCUGCUGAGGUAUGCCGGCCAUGCAGGAUCAGUCAACUCCAUAAAGUUCCACCCCACAGAGCAGAUGGCCCUCACAGCCUCUGGGGACCAGACGGCUCACAUCUGGCGCUACAUGGUGCAGCUUCCUGCCCCGCAGCCACCACCAGAUGUCAGUGCUCCAUGUGAUGACGACCAGGACUCGUCAGACAGAGAAGAAGGUGAGGUGGAUGGCGAGGGCCCUUGUGAGGUCCCCACUGUCCGGGUCCCUACAGCAACCUUGAAGAGCCACCAGGGUGUUGUGAUCGCAGCUGAUUGGUUGGUGGGAGGUCGACAAGUGGUGACAGCUUCCUGGGAUCGUGCUGCCAACCUGUAUGAGGUGGAGACGUCUGAACUGGUUCACGCACUCACUGGACAUGACCAGGAGCUGACCCACUGCUGUACUCACCCCACCCAGCGGCUGGUGGUCACCUCAUCCAGAGACACCACCUUCAGACUGUGGGACUUCAGAGACCCGUCCAUCCACUCUGUCAACGUCUUCCAGGGACACACUGACACUGUGACGUCAGCAGUGUUCACGGUGGGCGACAAUGUGGUUUCAGGGAGUGACGACCGCACUGUAAAGGUGUGGGAUUUGAAGAACAUGAGGUCGCCUAUAGCAACCAUCCGCACUGACUCAGCUGUGAAUAGGAUAAGCGUCUCUGCCAACCAGAGGAUCAUCGCUCUGCCACACGACAAUCGACAAGUCCGACUGUUUGACAUGAGCGGAGUGAGGCUGGCCAGACUUCCACGCAGCAACAGAAUGGGUCACAGGCGAAUGGUGUGUUGUACAGCCUGGAAUGAAGAGAACCAGCCGUGCAACCUGUUCACCUGUGGCUUCGACCGACAGGCCAUCGGCUGGAACAUCAACAUCCCUGCGCUGCUGCAGGAGAAGUGAUGCCACUGACACACACACACACACACACACAACAGAAACACAGCAAAAUAGGAGACGGUACACAAAAACACUGUAAUCUGUGGCCUCGCUCGUGCUUGUACGUUCAAAGUGUCUAUCUAGUGAAGCAUUUUAGUUUUUGUGAAAAUAUUACCGUUACAUUUUAGGACGCAGAUAUUAACACUUGAUAGGAGUGUAUUCCCCUGAUGAAUUACACUAAUUUACUGUGUACACCUGCAGAUGAAACCUCCUGGUGUCAAAUGACUGACAUGGUUCCCACAUUUUAAAGUCCAGGUGCGUGCGAGGCCGCAGAGCUGAUCUCCUGUGUUUGACCCUCUCCCUUAUUUAGCAUGCAUUGUGAAGUUGUGACACGGCUAGGCUGAUUCUUUUGCUCCUAGCCUUUUCUGUUUUAAAGUAUAAAAGUAUAUAUAUUUGACUCCACAGUCAUAGGCUGCUGUUCACAUCACUGUUGUUUAGUUACUGCUGAAUGGUUGCUCUUGCAUGUAGAUAAUCUCAGUUUGCAAAUGUUACUUGUAAAGAAAUGAGAGAACGACUAUAAGGCCAGGAGAGUUUGUAGAAUAUGAUAUAAAGAAGUUAUGUAUAUAUUAUGUCAUGGCCUGAUUAAGUGAUCUGUGUUGCAGGUUCUUGCUGUUUCAUGGAUUAAGUGUCUUACAGAAAUCUACCUGUUACGGGUGGAGUUUGGCAGAGACAGCGUGGUUCUGUGAAAUGUUUUUAUCCUUUUAGUCAGACUUGAAAUAUUUCUCAUCAUGAAACAAAAUAAAUAAUAUUCAGGCCUGACAGGUGACCUUCGCAGCACUCAGGCUGCGGGGUCAUUCGGUUGUCUUAAAAUGUUUCAGGAUCUGCUGUUCUGUCCGAAAGUUUUCACCAAUUAAGAUUCGACUCUUUGCCUAUUACCUUUGAUGCUUUCAAUUCACAGCCAGCCUCUGUAUUUCCAGAUUUUGUUGUCAAUAUUUCAAUUGAUACUGUAACUGCCUUGUUCCAUGUUUACAGUAGGAUUUCAUUUUUUAAAGUUUUGCUCCGUUCUGCCUCUCUGUCAGACUGCAAAGUGUCAAAAGCAUAGCAAUAAUGGGAAAACGACUGCACUUCUGUUGUUUGCAAAUCUUUUGUAGGUCUGUGAUCGGGAUGUGUUUGACAUUAUCAUAACCUAGUAUUUUCUGUAUGUUGCAGGUUUAGGUGUCAGUACUCUUAGCCAUAAUAUGCACCCAAGAUUCCUCAGUGUCGGUGAAAUACAGACCCAAUCCUCUUCAGCCUGUUGCCAACUCAGAUCCCUGUUGCUGUAAUGUGUCAUCCCCAAGUGAACUUGUCAGUUACUGGUCAUUUCUGUGCUUCAGUAACAGCCUGUCAAUAUGAAGUUAUAGUGUUUACACUUUGCAUUGAACCCUUAGCCUUGUAUGACCUCUUGGACCUUUUGUUGUGGAUGGCGCUGUCAAGUCUGUGAGAAGCACUCUUUAUCCAAAUUCAGAAGCAAUAACCCAGCUCCUUUGUGUUUCUGGUGCUCAGAGUGAAGCCCAUUUGACUUAUGGAUAUCAGCGACUUUAAACACACACUGAAUCUCAUUUUGAGAACUAGAAGAACUAGAUGAGUUGGGCUUGACCAGAAUCCAGGAAACUCUUUAUUUGUUACACUUGUGCAAUAUACGAAACAUGAAGUCAUGCUGUAGUUUCUGAUCUUCUUGUUUAACUUAUUUCAGUGCUGUAAACCCAAUACAAAGAUUUUAUGUACUUGUGUGACUGGUGUAGAUGUAGCUCAGUGUACAUAGGUAUGCAUAACUUACCCCAAAGUUGGCGUCAGACUUCACACUUUACUGCUGUUGCUACCAACAAUAGAGUCAGGAUGGAUUUUGAAGUGGCAUGAACCUAAAAAUGUAAUAAGCGUAUUGAAAUGCCUUACCAUUGCAUUGAAAAUGGUGUAUUAGCCUUAUCCAUCUGAGCAUCAAUGCACUUUUCCAAAUGCUAGUUAAAUAACUAAUUGUGUUCCACUGCUCAGUGCAGAUAGGAUUUUUAUCCCUGUUUCAUUCAAGGAACUCAAUCUCGCGCCCACUGAUAUCAAUGUCAUUUUAAUCUGCAGGCAAGUCUGAUUUGUGCCCGACAUAUGAAUUCCAGCUCAGAGGAAAUAUGAUUCUGGAUUGAUACAUUAAAUUAUUGUGUGCCAGAUUGAAGGGGGGUAAAAAAAAAAAAAAAAGUGGAUAGGCUUCGCUUCAUUGUAGCGAAUCAUAUUCACCUCAAACUUCAUUAUGUGAUCUACUUUGCAUACUUUAUUGUGACGGGUACGUGCUCUCUGACACUUUCCAAUAAAAUGUGUGAUUUUCUUC